AGACGAAAAUUAAUGUUCUUCAUUCUAUUUAAUCCGGAAUAAGAAACCCUAUCAGCGAGAUUUAGUUUCAUUUAACUAUUGAUUAAAUGGAUCAACUACCUGGAAGAGAACAUGAGUUUCUUGUGGAUCUUGAGAGUGAUGGGGGUUUGAGUGAUAAUGAAUUCACCAAAGUUUGCAGUGAAUAUUCUAGUUUUGAUGAAUCAGUGAAGGGUGAAAUUGGGAUUCAUCUGAAGAAGUUGGGUGAUGAGGAGGAAGAAGAGGAGGAGAAGAUGAAGAAGAAGAACAAGGAGAAACGUAAAAGCAUGAGUUCUGCUAAUUAUAAUAAACCUCCUAGACGACCACCCAGAUAUCCAAAAACAGCUUUAUCACUUGAUGCUGCUGACCAGAGGCUAAUAAAGGAGAUCUCUCGUAUUGCCAUGAUAAAACAUGCUAGGGAUGAGAGAAUGAAGGCAUUGAAGAAGAUGAAGGCUGCCAAGGCAUCAUCAUCAUCAUCAUCAACUGGAAACUUGUUUGCCAUGAUAACCACCCUCCUCUUCUGUCUUGUUCUCAUUUUUCAAGGUAUGUCAAGUAGUAAAAGACUCACAAUAAACAUCCAGAGUCCCCAUCCAUCAUGGGCAGCCGAAAACCAUAUUGUCUCAGUUAAUGAUACAAGUAACACAUCCUCAACGAUCAGUAAUGCCACUCCCUCUGGAUCUCUCGAUUGAAAUUUCUAUCAAAUCUGUAGUUCUCUGAAGCGGAGUUUGACCUUGGAGCCCCAAGAGGAUGAUAAAAGAUCUGUAGGAUGAAAGAAACGUUAUAAUGGUGGUCAAAGAUUAUGGAAUAGUUGAUAACUCAACAUGGCAGGUAAAAUAUUAGUUUGUUGAAGGUGUCUUUUAGAUGGCAAGUGAACCACCAUUGUCAGAUUAUUACCGAACUUGGAAGAAUAACUGUUAAUCAUAUAGAUGUUAGUUGUUGAGAGUGAUGAGUCUAUGUUCAUACUCGAAAUUGACAGUUAUUUUUGUUUUUGUCUAGUCACUUCAAAAUAAAACCCGACUAAAAAAUAAAAAAGAAAAGACAGUUGGUAGCCCAUUUAUUUAAUCCAUCACAUGGUUUAGAUCUGUUCUCUUAUUCUUUAAAAGAGUCCUUUCUCUUUAUUAAUAAGCAAUAAUAUAUUUUUUUAA